AUGCGGCGCGGCGGCGGCGGCGGGAACGGCAGCGAGGGAGAGCCCGAGUGGCCGUGGCCGUGGCCGCCCUGCGACGAGCGGCUGUGCCUGGCGCUGCCCAUGUGGGUGCUCGUUCCCAUCACGGCCGUCUGCCUGGGGCUUUUCGUGGUCGGCGUGGCGGGCAAUGUCCUCACGGUGCUGGUCAUCCGCAGCUACCGCGACAUGAAGACGACCACCAACCUGUACCUGGGCAGCAUGGCCGUCUCGGACCUGCUCAUCCUCAUGGGGCUGCCCUUCGACCUCUACCGCCUGUGGCGCUCCCGACCCUGGAUCUUCGGGCAGCUGCUGUGCCGCCUCUCGCACUACCUGAGCGAGGGCUGCACCUACUGCACCAUCCUCCACAUCACCGCCCUCACCGUGGAGCGCUACCUCGCCAUCUGCUUCCCCCUCAAGGCCAAGGUGGUCGUCACCAAGCGCCGGGUGAAAGCCACCAUCGGCGUCCUCUGGGCCUUCGCCUUGCUCUCCGCCAGCCCCUUCUUCUUCUUGGUCGGCGUGGAGCAGCCCGACAACCACACUGACUUCAGCCGCGAGUGCAAGCCCACCCCGCAGGCGCUGCAGUCCGGCCUGCUGGCCACCAUGUUCUGGGUGACCACCUGCUACUUCGUGCUGCCCGUCACCUGCCUCAGCGUCCUCUACGGCUGCAUUGGCCGCGAGCUGUGGCGGAGCAACACCCGCCUGCGGGGCCCCAGCUCGCUGCUCCGGGAGAAGGGGCACCGCCAGACUGUCAGGAUCUUGGCUGUGGUGGUUCUGGCCUUUGUAAUUUGCUGGUUGCCUUUCCACAUUGGCAGGAUCAUAUUUAUAAACACCCGGGACACGAGGACGAUGCUGUUCUCCCAGUACUUUAAUAUAUUCGCCCUGCAGCUUUUCUACCUGAGCGCAUCCAUCAACCCUGUCCUCUACAACCUCGUUUCCAAGAAGUACAGGGCGGCAGCCUGCAAGCUACUGCUGCCACGGCGAGCUGCACAAAGGGCUCUCACGGGAACAAAGGACCCUGGGGGCUACACAGAGACCAGCACAAGGCACGAGUACACCACCAGCUUCUGA